AAAAUAAAAAAUAAAAAAAAAUUGAAAAAUAUUAUCAGUUUAGUGCUUUUUCUUUUUCCCUUCUUUCAAAUGUCUUCACAAAAUAUUAACAUUAGUUUGAAACACAAACCAAUUAAUGGGAGCUCUGCCAUGUCAUACUCACCUUCGUCUCACACGAUGCCAGCUAUAUUUCAACACCGAGAUAGUUUUGUGCAUCAACGAGAGCUUGAAUCAGCUUUUUGUAGUGACUUAGUUUGUUGUGGUAUGCGAGUACGAGACUUACACGAAUUAUUACACCAUUAUGAGGAACAUCACCAUGCGCCCAUUGAAGAAGAGCCCGAGCCAAAAGAGGAAGAGAUGAUGGAUGAAGAUGAAGAGGAUGAUGAAUAUCCAAUACCAUUACCUACACAACCUCAUGAGCUAGCAGCAUUGACAUCUAGUCCUUUACUUCGAAAAACAGUCAGUCCUCCUGUGGAACAACAACAAAUGUUGGUGUCACCUACGGUAAAUGGACAACAUACCGAAGAGAUUUUGAAAGCUUUAAAUACACAUCAUCCUACGGGCGAUUUACAAUACUUUCGGUCGGAAGCGUUAUAUCAAACAUGCGAUGAUGGACAGGAUAAACCUUACAAGUGUCCAAUAGAAGGCUGCGAAAAGGCGUACAAAAACCCUAAUGGGUUAAAAUAUCACCAGAUGCAUGGACACUCAGAGGAAGACAGUCUAAGUGAUGCAGAGAGGGAUGCACAAAAACCCUACAUGUGUACUAUUGGCUACUGCAAUAAACGGUACAAGAACCUGAAUGGAUUAAAAUAUCAUAUCGAGCAUUCUCAUAUUGCCAAAUUAAAGCAAUAUCCACAAGAGCAUUCGUGGCCCACCACUUGAAAAAAAAAGAGUUUGUUUACUCGGAAACAAUUUGCAUGAAUUUUUGUAAUAUUAAUAAAUAAA